GCCUUCGUACCCCGCAAGUCCUUUGCCGCCUCGGACUCAAUCAUACGAUCCUACUACUUGGGGCACCACCACAGUGCGCUGCAGUCCAUGGUCAGGAUGCUCAACGACAUCGACGUCGUGAUCGAGUGUCGUGAUGUCCGUGUCCCAGUGACCUCGACCAACCCCAAGCUUGAACAAGCUCUGGCCGGGAAAGAGAGGGUCGUCGUGUAUACCAAGGCAGACUUACUUUUCGAGACAGCAAAUCCGCUGGACGAGAGAGUUGAAGACCUUGCACAACCCACUGGCUCUGGCCCGUCUCCCACAAUCGUCUUUGUCAACACCUACAAGGCCAAUACAACAGGAAAUGUCAUCAAGCUCCUGAAGGCGCGAGCCGCGGCGCAUGACUCCCUGAUUGGUAUCCGUGCCCUUGUUGUGGGUAUGCCAAAUGCUGGCAAGUCAUCACUGCUGAAUGCAUUGAGAUCGAAAGGCACCAAAAAGAAGGGAACCGUGUCCCGCACUGGUGAUGAGCCCGGCGUGACCAGACAGGUCCAAACGCCAGUACGCGUUACCGAAGACGAUGGCGACAUCCCUGCUGUCCAGGUGUAUGACACUCCUGGUGUCUUCGUCCCGUACGUGGCUGACGUCGAGUCCAUGCUCAAGCUCAGCCUCGUCGGCUGCGUCAAGGAUGGCAUCGUCCCCGUAGAGACCAUCGCCGACUACCUCCUCUUCCGCCUCAACUUGCACGACCCGGGCUUGUACUCGAGAUGGUCGGCCCCGACCAAUUCGGUCGAAGACUUUCUCGACAACGUCGGCCGGAAGCGCGGCAUGCUCGGCGCGGGCGGGGAGCCGAGCCGCUUGCGUGCGGCCGACUGGAUUGUCCAGCAGUGGCGCAAGGGUAAGCUGGGACGCUUCUGCCUCGACGACCUCUCAGAGGACAACCUG